UUCCGGAACUCAGAUCUUCCAGAUCUUACUGACAGGCAUCAGACAAGAUGUUCUUUGUGAAGGGGGUCAAAACAACACAAGCCACUCAACAAAGGGUAAUUCAUAAGAGAUUGUGGGGAUAUGAGCUAAAGGACAGAAAAAGGACAGAAACAGCUCUAAAGGCCGGGGAGGACAGGGCCAUUCUGUUGGGUUUGGGUAUGGUGUUCAGCUCAGUCAUGAUGUACUUUGUGAUCUGUAUCACCAUGGUGCGCGCGCAUGCAGACAGUGUAUUGACAGAUGAGACCACCUGUAUUGUGCUUAACUCCACUCUUACGAAGGAUAUCAAUUGUUCGUACAACUGUGGCUCUGACUGCUGGAGAAGCUCUGAGUUCCCCUGUCUACAGGUCUACGUCAGCCUGAACGCCACCGGCCGUAUCGGGCUGCUCUUUCACAAUGAGGAGAUGCUGGACGUCAGUUCUGAGUGUUUUUAUGUGCCAAAAUGCCAGAAGGACCACAGCGUCCUGCGUGUUAUGGUCCAGAAUAUUUCAGAACAUCUGAAGACGCACCAGCAGGUAACAUGUUUCCACGACUCCAGCGAGCAUCAGGCCAGUAUCCUUCUGAACCGUCCGCAUGGCAGCAGUGCAGUUUUCCACUCUCUCUUCUGGCCUUCCUGUAUGUGUUCUGGAGGAACCCUCAUCAUACUCAUGGUCAAGCUCACUCAAUACCUUUCCAUACUGUGUGAACAAAUUGGCAAAGCGCCAAAGUGAAAGGGGCGCAGUCAUUUAAAGACUUGGUGAAGUGAAUGGAUGAGCUUUAAUUUCUCUUUGAAAGGGUUUUUAGUCUCCUGCUGUUGACUGGAUUGACUGGAAAUUGAUAUGUUAGUCUUCCAUGGCUAAGCUAUAUUGUAACCACAAAUCAUAUCUCUGAAGCGCUAUUCCAGAUGGAGCUAGUGCUGUUCAGAUAAGGACUUUUUAAUAGUGCAA